GGUGGGUGGAGGCUACAUCAACGGGACAGCGGAGUACGUGUACCUGCCUGACUACGGCCUGGCCUGGGCUCAGGCUCCCUUCGGUUACGCUCUCAGCCUGGUCGUCGGUGGCCUUUUCUUCGCCAAGCCCAUGCGUUCCCGUGGUUACGUCACCAUGUUGGAUCCCUUCCAGCAGCUGUACGGGAAGAGGAUGGGCGGCCUGCUCUUCAUCCCCGCCCUCAUGGGGGAGAUCUUCUGGUCUGCAGCCAUCCUCUCGGCCCUGGGAGCCACCCUGAGCGUCAUCGUGGACAUAAACAUCAACAUGUCGGUGGUGAUCUCGGCCCUGAUCGCCAUCUUCUACACUCUGGUUGGAGGACUCUACUCCGUCGCCUACACAGACGUGGUCCAGCUCUUCUGUAUCUUCGUGGGCUUGUGGAUCAGCGUGCCUGCUGCCCUCUCCAAUCCGGCCGUGACAGACAUCAGCAUCACAGCCAAGGAGGUGAUCUACCAGACGCCCUGGCUGGGCAAGAUCGACCCCGAGGACAAAUGGCUCUGGGCCGACAACUUCUGUCUGCUGAUGUUGGGGGGGAUUCCCUGGCAGGUCUAUUUUCAACGGGUUCUUUCUGCCUCUUCAGCUACCUACGCCCAGGUCCUCUCCUUCCUCGCCGCCUUCGGCUGCUUGGUCAUGGCCGUCCCCUCGGUCCUCAUAGGAGCUAUAGGGGCCUCCACAGACUGGAACCAGACCAGUUAUGGGCCCAUCCCUCCGAAGGACAAGGACCAGUCGGACAUGAUCCUCCCCAUCGUGCUGCAGCAUCUCUGCCCUCCCUACGUCUCCUUCUUCGGUCUGGGAGCGGUGUCGGCUGCCGUCAUGUCCUCAGCCGACUCAUCCAUUCUCUCAGCCAGCUCCAUGUUCGCCAGAAACAUCUAUCAGCUCGCUUUCCGCCAGUCGGCUUCAGAUUCUGAGAUUGUUUGGGUGAUGCGCUGCACCAUCUUUAUAUUUGGAGCUCUUGCCACUGCUAUGGCGUUGUUAACAGGAUCCGUGUACGGCCUGUGGUACCUGAGCUCUGACUUGGUGUACGUCAUCAUCUUUCCCCAACUUCUCAGCGUGCUGUUCGUCAAAGGCACCAACACCUACGGCUCCGUGGCGGCCUAUAUCUUUGGUCUUCUGCUGCGCAUUGGAGGAGGGGAGCCCUACCUCAAACUGCCUCCCUUCAUCUACUACCCCGGUUGGGUGACCCAGGAGAGGACCCACCAUCUCACUGGGGAUGUUGAGUACUUCAUCCAGCAGAGGUUCCCAUUCAAGACUAUGUCCAUGCUGGCGUCCUUCUUCGCAAAUGUGUUCUUUUCAUACCUGACAAAAUACCUAUUUGAAAGUGGUAUGCUGUCACAUAAGUACGACUUCCUCGAUGCUGUGGUGUCCAAGCAUAGCAAAGAGAUCAUGGACAAAGCCACGCUAGUGAGCAACCAUGACAACAUCAUUCUUUCGGAGAUGGCGCCGGUAAGGCAGGCCAUUGGAGCGUCACUCACUGGGACAUUCAUCAAUACUGAGGUUCUCAGUGAUGACGGGGCGUCCAGUCCAGAGGCUUUUCACAAUGAAAACUAGGCAACAAAGGCACAAAGAAAGUUGGAACCAAGGAAUUUGAAGAAGAAGGAAUUAUCUAAAGGCAUCGACGUUCUUCAGGAAACUUGCUACUGCCGCCGCACUGGAAGCCAAACCAACAGAAAUCUGCUGUGGCUUCCGAGUGACUCCACAAGUUUGUUUUAUGCUGAUGACAUGGUGCCUCCUUCUUUUUUAAGAUCCCUUGAGUUGACUGUCAAUCAGCCGUGUCAAACAUA